GAACCUCUUGACACGUUGAAGUUAGUGCUUCUUCGAGCCUUUUCCAAUUAUCGUCAAUAGUGGUUUUAUCGUCUUCGAGUAGAUCUUGUAGGGCUUGGAACCUGAAGCUGAAAGCUAUCUUGAAUUCGUUGAAUUUGUCAGUAUUUCGAAGGAAGGCUGUAUUGAACUUUUGUAAUGCUGUCUCUCCAGGUGUCCAAUGGUUCUUUAGCUUCAGUUUCAUCUUGGCAACUACCAGAUGGUGAUCUGGAGCUAUGUCAGCUCCUUUCUUUAUUCGCGCUUCCUUGAUUGAUCUUGUGAACUUAUUAUUAAUGUAAAUAUGAUCAACCUGGUUCUCUGUAGUGUUGUCCAGUGAAACCCAUGGAGCUUUAUACAUGCGUUUGUGGGUGAGUAUUGUGUCACCUAUAACCAUUUUGUUGAAUGCACAUAAAUAUUCAAAUUUUUCACCAUUCUCGUUCUUCUCUCUCAGUCUCCAUGUCGUCCCAUGACAUCUUCAUACCGAUGUUAUCCAUUUCGAAUUUGGCAUUAAGCCUCCCACCAGAAUGGUCAGGCCCCUUCCUGGGCACUUCUGUAUGACCGAAUGCAGUCUCAUAAAACUGAUCUUUAUCGUCGUCAUUGCUAUCAUUGUUUGGUGCAUAACAUUGGAUAACAUUCAUUGUGAUUCCCUGCUUCCUUGUUUUGAAGGAUGCUUUAAUGAUUCUGGGUCCUUGAGAUUCCCAUCCUAUGAGUGCUUUACGUGCUUCUUUGGAUGUCAUCAGAACAACUCCCUGUGUGUGCGGAGCAUUUUCUUCCUCGUGACUAGAGUACAGCAGCAUCUAUUCCCGAACCUAUUUGUUUCUGUCCAGCUUGGGUCCAAUGGAUCUCACUUAUUCCGAUUUAUUAUAUAUUAUAUUGAUUUAUUUGAACAUAUAAAUAUUGGUGCAAAGUGGCAUCGAAUACACAUGAAACUCUUCGUGUCCAUGUUAUAUCCUGAUGAAUAUUAAAUUACAGGUAACUCCGGAGGACUAUUAAUGGACUAAUAUU